AACAACUAUUGCAAAUCAAUUAAUUAUUUUGAUCCAUCCAUCCCUCAUCCCUAACUCCACCCAGUUUCUUCAUUACAGAAUAUACUUUAUGGGACAUCAUUCUUGCUGCAAUCAACAGAAGGUUAAGAGAGGUCUUUGGUCCCCUGAAGAAGAUGAUAAACUCAUCACUUAUAUCACCUCUCAUGGCUAUGGCUGUUGGAGUGAAGUUCCUGAAAAAGCUGGGCUUCAAAGGUGUGGUAAGAGCUGUAGGUUGAGAUGGAUAAAUUAUUUGAGACCUGAUAUUAGAAGAGGAAGGUUUACACCUGAUGAGGAGAAGUUAAUUAUAACCCUUCACAGUGUUGUUGGCAACAGAUGGGCACAUAUUGCAAGCCACUUGCCUGGUAGAACUGACAAUGAAAUAAAGAACUAUUGGAAUUCUUGGAUCAAAAAGAAAAUAAGAAAGCAUUCUUUGUCCACCUCUUCAACCACCAACAUUACACAAAAUCUUGUUCAUCAUAAUUCUAAUAAUAAACUAGAACACUUUUCCAUCCAAGAGAAUAAUUUAGCAACACCAAUAGCAAAACCAUCACCAUUUCAAGAAACCACCUUGUUUUCUCCCACAUGUCCUUUGUUCAUGUUUGAGCCAAGUAAUAAUCUCCAAACAGAAUACUUUCAAAUUCAAGAAUCUAUUGGUUUGAAUUCUGAAACAUGGAAUCAAAUUCAAUCAUUACCUCCUCCAAUAUCAUCAACUUUUACAAUGGACACUUUGAAUUAUCUACCACCUUUGAUAGAGAAUGUUGAAAACAUGGUACCAAUAAAAUCUUGUAGCAUGGAAGAGAAACAUGGAGAUAGAGAUCACCAAGUACUAGAAUGUUUUCAGAAGCAAGAGAUGAAUAAUAACAUUGAUGAAUGGGUAGAAACACAUUUACAACAACAACAACAACAAUGUCCUAGUAACUUUAUUUUCUGGGAUAAUAUUGUUAUUGAAGGACAUGAUCAUCAUGAACUUGGUGGUGGGGAAGAAGAAGUAGAACCAUCCAAUUCAUCUAAUAUAAUGGGAACAAACACAGUGAUUUUUCCUUUUGCUUCUUCAUCUUUUUUAGGGUUUAUAAUUCCAUCAACGAUAAACUGCGGCAGCUUCCUUUCGUCUCCUCCACUCGUCGUCGCCAUGAUUAUCUCAGAGAAGAACCGCAAAGAGAUCUGCAAAUACCUGUUUCAAGAAGGUGUAUGUUACGCUAAGAAGGAUUUCAAUUUGGCUAAGCAUCCCGAAAUCGAUGUUCCUAAUUUGCAGGUGAUUAAGCUUAUGCAGAGUUUCAAAUCGAGGGAAUAUGUUAGAGAAACCUUCGCUUGGAUGCACUAUUACUGGUUCCUCACAAACGAUGGAAUCGAGUUUCUUAGGACUUAUCUUAAUCUACCAUCGGAAAUUGUUCCUGCUACUUUGAAGAAACAGGCUAAGCCACCUGGUAGACCAUUUGGUGGCCCACCCGGCGAUCGCCCUAGGGGUCCACCACGUUUUGAAGGUGAACGUAGAUUUGGAGGCGACAGAGAUGGGUAUCGUGGAGGACCACGAGGACCUGCCGGUGAGUUUGGAGGAGACAAAGGAGGAGCUCCUGCUGAUUACAGACCCUCAUUUGGAGGUCCUGGUGGAAGGCCUGGAUUCGGUCGUGGAUCUGGUGGUUUUGGGGCUCCAACCAGCUCAGAUGCUUAAAUUAUAAUGUUUUCUGCUUAGUUUUUUUUGAACAAGAUUUUGUUGUAGUUGGAGUCAAUGAUAGAUUUCCCUGCCAGAAGUUGUUUAAUCGACAUGUUGCAUUACUUUAUAUUGGUUAUCAUUCAAUGAAGAUUUUGAAUUUCUGAGUGUUUUGUUUAA